AUGGCACCGCCAGCGAAGAGACAAAAGCCGCAUGCCUCGCAUGACCCAUUACGACCUAACAGAAGCCAUGUGACGGAAAAGCUGGGCAUUGAUUUCAAUGCAUACAAGCAAGAAUAUAUGUGGGCUUUGACAGAGAGUCAGUUGAAGCAGAGUGGUCUGUCUAGCUGGGCUGCAACUGCCAUAGAGAAGAUUCUCGACUCUCCUGCAUUAUCAAGGCUUCGACCUCAGGUAUUGGCUUAUUUAUUUGCUGUUCAAGACACUCAAGUGAAAGCAAAAAAGGCUAGAACAGCUGUCUUUGGUAUUCUUACCGAUUUCAUAGACUUUCGAUUUAUUGUUCUUUGUGAGACAGGAAAGGUGAUGCAUUCUGAGGCAUUGUCAUGGAUCAUACGCCGUGAUCAGGUGGUGGCAUUUGUUGACAGUAUACUGAUUGACGCAAUUAGGUCAUCCCCCGAUACCACGCCACAGAAAAUUGCGAACUCGGCUAUAAAACGUUUCGACGAUCAUCUAAAGAUGACAUAUGAUAUUCCCGGCGAGGAACCUGCUGCUGGUGGAAGUGAAGAUGAUGCGACAUUUGAUGUUAUUGAAGUUGAGGGUGUCUCGGUUCAGAUAUCUCACCGAGCCAACCGCGGAGAUUCAAGUUUGAAAUCUAUCGAUUGCUAA